CACACUUUCAUUUGUAUUUGAUUCCUACUAAGGGAACAUCUGUACAAAAUAUUUUGAAAUUAAUACAGCCAUCAAAAAACAUUCUCAAAUUUAUAUUAUUAAUUACACGCAAGAAAUUUGAACUUGAUUUUACGUUCAGGUGAUUAAUUAUGUUAAGCGAGGAGAGAUUAGAUGAAGGUGAUUCCAUGCGGUGUACUUCGCCCUUAGAAAAUUCAGCCGAUUUCUACCCUGGGCCAUUAUUGCAGUACGAGAUUGUCGGCCACGUGUGUAAAUUCCUGACAAUCAGUGACAUCAAGCAGUGUCGGCUUGUCUCGAACGCUUGGAAUUAUGGGUCAACCCCCCGUCUCAAAGCGAAGACUAGAACAAGACUCUCGUUGUGUCGAAAUGAUACCUCUAUUUUGGAAGUUAUCGACAAACUCAAAUUCUCCCCGGUUAACGUGCUGUUACAAGUUAUCGCUGACCCCUCUCUCAAUCUGCCCCCUGUGGACAUUUCAAUAUUCCCUAUGAUGAGAAAUGUCAAAUCAAUCAAUGUCACAUACAAGCCCGGAGAUGAAUUGAAAUUUCCGGGAAACUUGGGCAACAAGAUUAUCCACGCUGCUUCCCCCACUCUGAAAAAACUGGAAUUUGACGGACAUAGUUUCCCUAGACUGGCGGGGACCAUAUUCCCAAAAUUGCUAUCACUCAAUAGAUUGGUCUUGCAUGUAAUUUCUGAAACGACGAGAGGGUUGGAAUGCCUCCUAGAAAUUCCUGGCAGCUUGAGAGAACUAAACUUUUCUGUCAACUUCCAAGUGGACGAUCGGGUGGACGAGAUGCCCAGAAUUUUUUACACUUUUUUGAAGAAACAUUCCACCACUUUGGAAAUCCUGUCCAUCUGCAUGUUCUAGUUGGAGGGAAAGGCACAGCUGGACUGGAAAUUUCCCACAUUUCCGAAAUUGAAAAAAAUAAAAAUCAUGGGUGACAUGGUUACUGGGCUGCUCGGGUUUGAAACUAUGCCAAGCUAUUUUGGACCGAUAGAGUACAACGUAUGUUUCCCAGUGGUAGAAAUUUUAGAAAUUUGGUCCUGUUCGGAUGCAUUUAUUCCGUUGCAAAAUCAGAUUCAGGUUGUCGAAUCCGUGAAAAGGAUAGAUUUAGAGGGAAUGAGGUGGAAUAAUGUAGCACAUUAUGCUGAGAUGUAUAUACGAAUGUUUGAUAUAUUUCCGAACGCGAAAGAAUCAGUUAGAAAAAUUUUGGACGAUUUGCUUCAACACAGUAUAAGAUUUGGUCGUUGUAGGAAAAUGUACCAUAUGUAACAAUUCAGAAAAAUUUACAUCAAAUAAAAUCUAAUUGUUAUGUAUCUAUUCGCAAAAAAAUGUUAAAAUUUUAAAUAAUAUUUAAACAUAUUAUGUUUAAAUUUCACCACGAAUUAAAGGGUUCCAAUUAACGCACCCAAGAAAAUACUGAAAAGUACCCAGAAGAGUAUUGAAAAUCAAUAAUACUGAACUUUACCCAGACAAAUUCUUUUAUGACCCCAACAUAAAACCAAAAAUGCCCAAUAAUAUCUUUGACUUUAUUAGCUUACAAUGAGAAGGUGUGAGGUGCUUA